AUGGAACUCCCUCGUCUCCACUCCAUACUUCGCUCGCCGUUUCGUUUCUCACCACAUCGCCGGCGAAUCCGAACCCAUCGCGCUUCCGGCUCCCUCAAACAUCCCGGAUCUGGUCUCGACUUUUCUUCCCCUGCCUACGCCGAGGCCUGUUUCCGUUUCGACAUUCUUGAUUGCUUCAGGGACCUGCUCUUACUCGGGUUCAACGCGAGCCGGAGCGACAACAGCAGCGAGCUGGGGCGAACGUUAUUCCUCUGCAAUCCAUUCACCAAGCGAUGGGUCGCCCUGCCUUUAGCCCCUCGGAGGUGGCUCCGACCGUACACAGAUGCUUGCUGA